AUGCUUAUUAUUAUUUCGGUGCAAAACAAAAGUUUUGGUGAUAUCCCUGAAUACUUUAAUGUCAGUGAGUGUGUGGGUGAUAAAACUUCAAGAAAUAUAAAGAGGCACGUAUUAAAUGGUUUAAUAAUACACCACGAUUUGCCACAUAGCCACUGGAUUGAAUAUAAGUCAGUCUUCAACAAGGAGUACCGGUCCCGGCGCCAAGAGAAGUCAGCUCUGGCACGCUGGAGGGACAACCUCCGACUGGUGGCGGAGCACAACCGCCGGUUCCUGGCUGGAGAGACCUCGUACUCCCUCCACCUCAACCAGUUUGGAGACUGGGACACAAAGGACUACUUCCAGAAGAUUCUGAAGCUGUUCGACGUGGGACCCCUGUUCGACCCCGCUGAAGACAAGCACAAGUCUACCCUCGUAAGGAAUGCGCGUAGAAAAGUUCCAUCAAAGGUGGACUGGCGAGCCCAGGGCUUCAAGCCGAAGCGCGAAGAGCAGUGGAAGUGCGGCGCGUGCUACGCGUUCGCAGUCACGCACGCGCUGCAGGCCCAGCUGUAUAAGAAGCAUGGGGAAUGGGGUGAGCUAAGUCCCCAGCAGAUAGUAGACUGCAGCAGCGCUGAUGGCAACAUGGGCUGCAACGGCGGGUCUCUCCGGGGGGCCAUGCGGUACUCCGCCAGGGCUGGCCUGAUUGCCGAGACCCGAUACCCUUACACUGGGAAGAAAGGUCGCUGCAAGUAUGGCCGCUCACUGGUCCGUGCCAAGCCUAAAAGGUGGGCGAUGCUGCCUUCUGGAGACGAGGGUGCUAUAGAGAAGGCGGUGGCCACCAUCGGCCCCCUAGCUGUGGCUGUCAACGCUGCACCUUUCACGUUUCAACUGUAUAGGAGUGGCAUCUACGACGAUCCGUUCUGCUUUCCCUGGCACCUCAACCACGCCAUGUUGCUGGUGGGCUACACCCAGCAGUACUGGAUCCUGCUGAACUGGUGGGGAAGACGGUGGGGGGAAGAUGGGUACAUGAGAAUCCGCCGCGGCCACAACAGGUGCGGGAUAGCCAACAUGGCGGCAUACGUCGAACUCUAA